AUGCGCUCCUUCCUCUUGAUGGCCGUCAUGGCCUUGUUGGCUUUCGUGUCCGCCAUGCCCAUCACACCUUCGGCUCCCCAGCUGCAGAAGCGGGCUGAGCAGUUCCGAUUGGAGGGACUGCGAGAGUUUGACAUUGCCGAGCGCCUCUCAGCACCCAUUGUCGAGUCGGAUGAGCUCGAACCGUUGAUGAGCCGCGUCCAUUCCAAGCUCUCCGCUCUUUUCGAAUCACUGGCAAACGCAGACGAGGAGGAGAUUGACGCCGAGGGCGAUGUCGCUCCUGGUUCGAUGGAGGCUCCUCAGAUGCUCCCCAAGGCGGCGGCACAUGGAUCCAGCCUGUACCAGUCGCUGUGCGCACUGUUCCACGGCGGCAAGGAUGACUAUGGCUACGAGGGCAAGGAGUUGGAGUUGCGCAGGCCCGAGGGCAUGAAACACUGGGGUGGAGGUCGCUAA